GAUGCACCCUUCUACGAGGCCAUUGACGCACCAGCGGUCGCCGUUGUCGAGCUCCGCAGCCUCGGCCCUCGCCGGCCGGCAGUCCCACGCCCGAACCAACUCGCACUCGCACCCGCACUCGCUGCUCACCGGUGCCCUCAAUCCCACACACCGAAUCACCCGCCGAAAGUCCGUCACCACUCCCGGCGCCAACGUCGCGGCCCUGGCGGCGGCGCUGCGGGAGAGCGAGCAGAGCGGCGCCAUUCCGAUUGCAAGCGGGGGACGGCGGAACACGAGCAACGCCAUCACAUCCAAGCAGGCCUCGGCCCAGCGGACGGGCCUCGUCGACAGCCUGCCCUCACCGCCGGCCAGCCUACCCAACAACAAGUCGCUGCUCGAGGCCAAGCGGGAGGUGACGGACAGCAGCGCCAUCGACGACGACUCCAACGAGCUCUCGGCCGACGAGGCGGCGGCCCACCAGGACCAAAGCCGGAUACGACGAGCCAGCGACGGACAGCCUCUGACCAAGGAUGGCAAGAAGAGCAGCCGCGUAGAAGUUCGCUGCGAGACGUGCGGCAAGGGCUACAAGCACAGCAGCUGUUUGACGAAGCACCUAUGGGAGCACACGCCUGAGUGGUCCUUUACCUCCAAGCUGCUCAUCUCCAAGCACCAGCAGGUACAGCUGCUCGAAGCGGCGUCUGUCCUGGUGGCCAUGAACGGCAACCCCAAGGAGAGAUCAGUCACCCCUCCGGACUCUGCCCGGGACUUUGCCAGCGAGCCAGAAACGGCUUCGUCGCCCGCCGCCUCUGGCUACUCGGACCAGGCCGAUGGCCACAGUUCCGCCGACACCACCCCACCCCCAAUCUAUGAGCAAGGCGUUACAUUUGAUACGUCUGCAUAUCGCGAGAAGCGCUACAGCAUGGGCAGCGUCUUCUCUCGAAGCCUGGCAUCACCGCAGCCAUCCAACCCUCUGGCUUUUGGCAGCAUCCCUAAUGCGCGAGGAUUUGACCAUGGUCGUAGCCCCAGCAUGGACGUACGGCCGUCAUCAUCCGGCAUCAAUGCCAACGGUGAGGACGACCACGAGCUGGCCGCAGCUGUUGAGCUGCUGAGCUGCAGUUUUGGCAGCAACACCGCGGCGCGCGGCGCCGUAAUAACGCACGUCGAAGAGGCACCGCCCGUUCCCCCGGUCCCGACGCAGUUCCUAGACCAAGCCGCCUCCUUCGUCAGCGCCGGCUUCAUCAACAGCUUCCCCAGCAGACAACCCGAGAGCUUCACCCGUGGUGAGAUGCGGCGCGGGAGCGAGGAUGUCAAGAUGGAGGAGAGCGAAGACGACUUUGAGAUGCCGUCUCGCGCUCGCAGCGAUGAAGAUGACGACGGAGUCUUUGGCCGUAUGGAAGAGUAA